CUGAUCCCCUCACCUAGUCUCUCACCGUCCCGACAUCGCAGAUUAUGGCCUGACCGACCUGUUGUGGAUUUUUUGGUUGGCAUGUUCCUCCAAGAAAUAAAUCGACUCCACGAGAUGAUCUACCCCCCAUCUUUCCAGAGCAAAUAUACCGCGUGGUGGGGCACACAGGACCAGGGAAAUCUGUCAGGGGACUAUAAUAUGUCGGAUGAAGAUAUGAAUUUCGGAUUGCUGGUGAUUCGAAUCUGUCUCGUCAGCGUCCAGUGUCUUCCACAUGCAAAGUUUCCCAUUGAAGGGGUAACCAAAACGUCCCCACGUCACCUAGAGCAAUGGCUUUGCUCCAUAGCUGAUGAGAUUGAUAAGUCACUACAGUCAAAAAAGCCUUCUUUGGUGACAGUCCAGCAUCGCUUUUAUCAUGUAUACUAUUUGAAAGCCCAAGCUCGGAUCCGGGAAUGCUGGUCCAUUCUCAGUGCUACCGUCAAGGAUGCACAUGAAGUAGGUCUGCAUCUGAAGGAUCCUGGUAUUCCAGUCACAGAGUUAGAGAUGGAGAUUCGCCGCCGAACAUUUUGGACUUUAUACAUAAUGGACCGGUUUAUGUCUGCCUUUUUCGGACAUUGGCCACUUAUCCCCGAAGGAUACUUUGAUAUUGAACCACCUUAUGAUAACCUACAAACACUCACCAUCAACCCCUAUCUUCUCACCCCAUUUACCAAUCGAGUGUUUGUCGUGAAAAUAGCUCGUUUCCUAUCUGCAUUCAUGAGCCCACCCUCCUGGCAACACGACCGCGUCGACUCCAUCGUAAUCGCAGACUUCACACAGCGAUUCCAACAAGUCAUUAUCGACCCACUCCCCCAAGCAUUCUGGUUAGAGAACCCCGACCUAACAUGGGAUUCCGUUGAUCUCGCCAUCCCCAGUAAGAGGGAGAUGCUCCACCUAGCCAUCUGGGCCACAAAAGCCUCCCUCUACAAAGCCUUUGCAGACCCAUGCCGCAGCCUCCAGCAGCCAAAGAACCCAGUACUGAAAAACGGCAGUGAUCUGCUUGCGCUCGCACAUCGCCGGACUCUGAUGGAUACAACAUGCAAAGUGAUAACAUCAAUUAGUAAAUUAUAUAUGCUUCUUGGCGACGAGGAAGCUGGCUCGACGGAGAAGUUAUUUCUACUUCCGACAUGCCUCGUUGAAGCUCUCGCCACUCUAGGCGUUUGUUUACUUUCCAUCCAGGCCGAUGAGAGGGUCCUUACCCUGGACGGCAUCCAGUUUGUUACUGAUCCUGGUCUGCCACAAAUCUACUCGGCCUUUUUCGACGGGUAUGGUCUUCUCUGUCGCCAAAGUCCACGACAUGCGAUCGCGAGAAAAGGAGUAAACAUGCUAAAAAGUCUUGAUGGGUCAUUACGUGCUUCAAUCCGGAGCGCCGAUAUACUUGAUACCCAUAACCAGGCGAUGCUGGGCAUGGGGUCUCUUGUGGGAGGACAGGGAUUGGAAAGUGGACGCUUUCAACUAGAGCAUGCGUUGGUUUCACUACAUAGUCAUGGUGACGAUGGCCCUCGAGGAGGGCCAUUCUUUCCGGUACCUGAAUGGUUACCUGCAUUUUUAGCGUCACCGGGUCGAGCAUGGUUGUUUCACGGAGACAUGGCCUUUGGAGAAUUGAUGGCAUGA